GAUUGUGUGUGAGAUGGGGGAGGCCAAGCCCAGCCAGCACGCGGGUUUUGUGGAGAUCUGUGUGGCCGAGUGCAAGCCCGAGUUCAUGGCCCGCUCUUCCAAGCUCUACUAUUUCAUGACACUGACCUUGUCUGACCUGAAGCCCAUCCGGGGGCCCAUGUCUGGGGGCACCCAAGUGACCAUCACCGGUACCAACUUGAACGCAGGCAGCAAUGUGGUGGUGACAUUUGGAAGCCAGCCCUGCCUCUUCUACAGGCGAUCCACGUCACACAUCAUCUGCAACACCACUUCCUCGGAGGAGGUGGUGGAGAAGUCGAAGGUGCUUGUCCAGGUAGACAAGGCCAAGAUCCAUGCAGAUCUCUACUUCCAGUAUGUGGAGGACCCCACCAUCCUGAGGAUCGAGCCUGAGUGGAGCAUUAUCAGUGGAAACACCCCCAUUGUUGUCUGGGGGACACACCUGGACCUCAUCCAGAACCCCCAGAUCCGAGCCAAGCAUGGAGGGAAGGAACACAUCAAUGUCUGUGAGGUUCAGAAUUCUACUGAGAUGACCUGCCAGGCUCCAGCCCUCGCCGUGGAUCCGGAACACCAAUCUGACCUGACCGAGAGGCCUGAGGAAUUUGGUUUCAUUCUGGACAAUGUCCAGUCCCUGCUGAUCCUUAACAAGACCAACUUCACCUACUAUCCCAACCCUGUGUUCGAGGCCUUUGGGCCUUCAGGCAUCUUGGAACUUAAGCCUGGCACUCCCAUCAUUCUGAAGGGCAAGAAUUUGAUCCCACCAGUGGCCGGGGGUAACAUGAAACUGAACUACACAGUGUUGGUCGGAGAGAAGCCAUGUGCCGUGACAGUGUCAGAUGUCCAGCUGCUCUGUGAAUCUCCCAACCUCAUUGGACGGCACAAAGUGAUGGCCCGCGUAGGGGGCAUGGAGUACUCCCCUGGAAUGGUGUACAUCUCUCCAGACAGCCCUCUCAGCCUGCCCGCCAUCGUCAGCAUCGCCGUGGCUGGUGGGCUCCUCAUCAUAUUCAUUGUGGCCGUGCUCAUUGCCUACAAGCGCAAGUCCCGUGAGAGUGACCUCACCCUGAAGAGGCUGCAGAUGCAGAUGGACAACCUCGAGUCCCGUGUGGCCCUGGAGUGCAAGGAAGGCAACAUCUGCAGCAGUCUCAUCAUGACUAUCACAACCAUCCCCUUUUCCAUGAGAUGCAACAAGAGAGAAGUAUUGGACCUGGA